GCAAAGCUCCAUGGAAAUGUGUGAACGGAAUCCCUUAAAUCCCGGCUAUGUUGGUUCUCUGCUGAAUUUCGCUGCCCCAGAAUCGCUCUACUUCUCCAACCUUUGCGGCAAUGGGGCCCAUAUACCAGGGCUGCAUCAGCUCCCUGCGUAUAGCAGAAGAGAGGUUUGCGCGCACCCGUGGUCUCCGUCAAGUUCGUGUGCCGCGGCUCCUCCGAGUCAGAGCCGCCCCUUCGGAGGCUUUUGCCCGCCGUUCACCAACUCCACCGGCGGCCUUGUCAAGGCGCACCCGGAGGAGCGUGACCACGCUCGGUGCUUCCAAAAGACCGGGGAGGCUGGCAGGCUACAGGAAGCAGUGUAUGCUGCGUCGGAAGACGGGAUCCGUGGAAUCUCAGAGUUAGAAACAGAGUCACACUGCUCUGAGACUCAGCUUGAUCCGGAUUCAUCAGCGCCUCUGAGCGGCACCAAGCAGGAGCACAAACCCACUGAGGCACCAUCAAAUAGCCCGUGCUCCAGGACCACAUUUGGCCAAGGUGCCCCCUGGUGCUCUUCACACGUGAAAGCCCGAAAGAAGAGGAAGCCUUACACGAAGCCCCAGCUCGCUGAACUUGAGAAUGAAUUUCUGCUGAACGAGUUCAUCAAUCGCCAGAAGAGAAAAGAACUGUCAGAUAGACUCGCACUCAGCGACCAGCAGGUGAAAAUCUGGUUCCAGAACCGCCGGAUGAAGAAGAAGCGCCUCAUGAUGCGCGAACACGCUUUCGCCUCGUACUGAUGUGACCUUUGGACUUGAUCCUGAACCGGCUGGGGAAUAAUUCCAGACUUGCUCUGUCGUCCCUUCUCUGCUUUCUGUAGCUAUGUCUUCGCUGGUAUUAAAUUGUACAUCUCAGUUUUAUUAUUUGGAGUCGCGGGAAGGUUUUUGGAGCGGAUUAUUGAGCACAAAGCGCACGACUGCCACUCUACCGACCGGAUGUCUGGUCCUAUAUUUACUCCUGUCUGUUUUCUAUCUAAGUUAACAAAAGCACUUUGGCUAUUUUUUAGGAAAGGAUUGCUUGAUCUUACACCAGGAUUAUUUUCGCUACACAGACGGACACACUGUUUCACGCAAACACAUUUUGUUUCAUGGGCCUAAAGUAAAAAGCCUAAAAUAACAAGCUAUAAUGCUGGUAUUUCUUAUCUUUGAGCUCAACGUUCUUAUUAGCUCAAGAUGAAUUCUAGGAUUUUUUUUUUAUCAGGAUCCCUCCUUUUUAGUGCGAAGCUGUAUUUCGCGCGAAGGUUUUCUUAUGAUAACUCAAGUCG